AUGGCCCUUGAAGCAGCCGGGGCUAACCAUGUUGCCAUCAUCUUCGGAGUUACUGGGCUUGUUGGGAAGGAACUGGCCGGAAUCCUAGCGUCGAAAAAGACAUGGAAAGUUUACGGAGUGGCGCGGAAACCCGGGAUCAUACCCUUCCGGGAUCAACAUCCCGACUGCCAUUUCAUCUCAUGUGACCUGCUAAACCCUUUGGAGGCUCAACAGAAGUUCUCUUCGCUACGAGACGUGACCCAUGUGUUUUGGGUCACUUGGGCUAGCCAGUUUCCAUUGGAUAGCGAAGAGUGUUGUGAGCAGAACAAGGCCAUGAUGGGGAAUGCCUUGAAUGCUCUACUCCCCGUAGCCGAGAAGUUAAGGCAUGUUUCUCUUCAGACAGGGACUAAGCAUUAUGUAUCGCUGCAAGGGCCUUUUGAUAAAGGAGAGGUUUGUUACUAUGAUGAGGAGAGCCCAAGAGCGAGCGGAGGUAAUAAUUUUUACUACGCUCUUGAGGAUCUGCUCAGGGAGAGACUAGCUGGUAAGGUGGCUUGGUCGGUGCACCGGCCUGGUCUGAUAAUGGGCAGUUCUCAGAGGUCUGUGUUCAACUUCAUGGGCAGUUUGUGUGUGUACGGAGCCAUUUGUAAGCAUCUGAAUCUUCCCUUUGUGUUUGGAGGGAUGAGGGAGAGUUGGGAAGAGGCUUACGUUGAUGGCUCCGAUGCCCGGUUAGUAGCGGAACAGCACAUUUGGGCAGCCACCAACGAGGAAAUAUACCCCACCGAUGGCCAAGCGUUCAACGCCAUCAAUGGUACGGGUUUCACUUGGAAGGAGAUAUGGCCGGCUGUUGGAUUGAAGCUGGGUGUGGAAGUUCCUCAAGACAUGUUCUCGGAGGAGUUUUCGUUGUUGGAAGCCAUGGCCGACAAGGAAGGAGUUUGGAAAGAGAUUGUUUUGAAAGCGGGGCUGCUUCAGACAGAGAUGAGAGACCUGGCUAAUUGGGCAUUCAUGGACAUGUUGUUCCGGUGCCCUGUGAAAAUGCUGGGAACCCGAGACAAAGCCGAUGGGCUUGGUUUCACAGUGAGGUAUCAGACACUGGAUUCAAUCUUGUAUUGGAUAGAUUUCAUGAGAAAAGAGAAACUGAUACCUUAGAGAGUUUAGACAUGCAUUUGGACAGAAAGGAAAAAGGAAAGUGUGCUGCACAACAAACUUAAAAGUAUUGCGGACAGGAUGCCUUGUUUUCCGCACAAGCGCCUCCUCUUUUCCCCUCAAUGGUGGGAUGUGAUAGGAGUUAACUGUAUUACGUGAUUAGCUAG